AUGCCAAAUAAUAAAUGGACAGCAGAUUUAAAAACUAUUCUUCAAGUUGCUAAAGCUCGUCUUGAUGUACGUGAAAAGAAAAAAACUGAACAAGUUGCAAAAGAACGUUAUACAGUAGCAGAUUAUGUACGAAAUAAUAAAGUUCCACGAGCACGAAUCGCUGUUGAACAUCUUGUACGAGAAGAUUAUAAAAUAGAAGCAAUGGAUCGUAUUGAAGCUUAUCUUGAUACAUUGCUUAUGAGAUUGCAAUUAAUUAAAGAUCGGCCAAAAAACGGAGCAGUUGAUCCAGCUAUUGAACAACCAUUAGCAAAUAUUUUAUGGGCAGCACCAUAUCUUACACAAGAUAUACCUGAAAUUGGUCAAAUAACAUUAAUGUUUAAAAAACAUUUUGGACCAGAAUAUGUAUCUAUGUGUGAACAAAAUAAACUUAGUUUGGUUGAUGUUGAUUUAUUAAGAUGUUUAAGUUGUGAUCUUAUACCGAAAUUACUUAUUGAAAAAUAUUUAGUUGAAAUAUGUCGAAGUCAAAAUGUUCCAUUUGAACCUGAUCAAACAGUUAUGGCACAAGAUGAAUUUUGGACUAUUGGACAAAAAUAUAUUCAAAGUUCCAGUGUUAAUGAUGAAAAAAAACCACCUCCACCACCAUCAAGUGGAGGUGCUCCAUCAACAGGUGGUCAUGGAAGUGGAGGAAAUUAUGUUAAUUCACCAAAUAUUCAUUUAACUCAACCAAGUGCACCGGAGUUUGAAAAACCACCUCCAACUUAUUCAGCACAACAACCUCAAUAUCCGAAUAUUAAUUUUGGUCCAUCGAUUCCACCACCACCAUUACCACCGGCUCCACCUUCAUCAAAUAUGCCUCGUAUUGGUUUUAAUAUUAAUAAUGAUACUAAAGCACCAUUUAUUGAUCCAUUUCCACAAGUACCUAGUGCACAUGAUCGUUCAACAUCGACCCCACCACCACUACCUCCAGCAAUGAAUGAUAGCUCAAAUGAUCCAGGUUUUGAUGAUUUAGCUCGUCGAUUUGAAGAGUUAAAAAAGCGUAAAUAA